AUGAGCUCACGUUUAGCGUGGAAGAUAGUUUUGUGGAGGAGUUGGAAAUGCUGCUUUAUGCAAGAGACGUGCUUCAGAACCUAUUAUGGGCCAGUGUUGAUUUUGGAAAUGUUAGCAAGUGGGCAUCCUUAUUUGCAGCACUGCGUGGAGGACUGCAGUUUUGCUAGCAGCAAUUGGGGCAAAUGCUACCGUUGUUGUGUCAUGAUUUCCAUUGUGUCUAAACUGAGCCACUUGAUCAAUCUUGCGCUUGAGAAUAACACAACCAGUAAAAUUGUUGAGGCAGACCAUUUGCAUACCAUGUUCCUUGCGAUGGCCGAUGCUAGGGCUGUUCUCAUAAAACUGGCAGAUCGAUUCCAUAACAUGAUGACCUUGGAUGCAUUACCUUUAAUCAAGCAACAAAUAUUUGCGAAAGAAACUUUGGAAAUAUUUGCUCCACUAGCCAACUGA